GGGGGGAGCUCCCACCGCCUCCCCGCCCCCGGGCGGGACCGGCCGCCCCCCGCGUCCGCCCCGCAGCCUCCCCGGGCGGGGGAACCCUGCGAGCGGCGGCGAGGAGCACCGGGCACCGCUGCGCUGUUCUGCGGGGACCGAGCGGGGCCGGGCUGUGCCGAACCGGGCCGGGGCUGCGGGGCCGAGCCGGGCCGGUCGGUCCCGAGCGGGGCGGGCGCUGCCCGCGGUGCUGAGCAGGGCCGGGCGCUGUCCGCGGUGCUGCAGGGGCGGCCCUGCCCGGUGCCCCCCGAUCCCCCCCGGCCAUGGGGUCCUACGCCGCCGGCCCGGGGGGGGAAGGAUACAACGAGGCGCUGCUGCACAAGACAAUCCUGGUGGGAGACAGUGGCGUGGGGAAGACGUCUCUGCUGGUCCAGUUUGACCAGGGCAAGUUCAUUCCUGGCUCCUUCUCCGCCACUGUGGGCAUUGGGUUUACGGUGAUGUUGCUUGGAGACUCGGGCGUGGGGAAAACCUGCUUCCUGCUCCAGUUCAAAGACGGGGCCUUUCUCUCCGGGACGUUCAUAGCCACCGUGGGCAUAGAUUUCCGGAACAAAGUGGUGGUCGUGGACGGCGUGAAGGUGAAGUUGCAGAUCUGGGACACGGCAGGACAGGAGCGGUUCCGCAGCGUCACCCACGCCUACUACAGGGAUGCCCAAGCCCUGCUCCUGCUCUACGAUAUCACCAGCAAGAUGUCCUUUGACAACAUCCGCGCCUGGCUGACAGAGAUCCACGAGUACGCCCAGAAGGAUGUGGUCAUCAUGCUGCUGGGCAAUAAGGCUGAUGUGAGCAGCGAGAGGGCUGUGAGAACAGAGGAUGGAGCAUCACUGGCCAGGGAAUAUGGGGUACCUUUCAUGGAGACGAGCGCCAAGACAGGCAUGAACGUGGAGCUGGCCUUCCUGGCCAUUGCCAAGGAGCUGAAGCAGCGAGCGAUGCAGCCGCUGGAGGAGCCCCGCUUCCAGAUCCACGACUACAUCGAGUCACAGAAGAAGAAAUCCAGCUGCUGUGCCUUCUCCUGAGGGCGGCCAGGAGGAGCCAGCAGCCCCGGGGGCACAGGCAGGAGAUGGAGAGGGGCCGGAUCCUGCCCUCGAGCGCCCGAGGGAACCAGGUCUGACAAGCCAAGGUGGAUGGGACAAUACAGCGCAGCAGAGAUGGCAUGAGGAGGGCCCUCACCCUGGUUCCAGGAUCCAGGGGCCAGAUCCUGCAGCCCUGUGGAGCAAUGCCCAGAGCUUGCUGCGUGCCACCGUGGGAAUCGCUGUGGUGUGGUGACUGCCAGCCUUGCCAGUGAGCCACGGCGAUGCCUCCAUCACCCCGGACACAGCCACACACCUCACUGAGCGACACCUGGAGCGGCUGGAGGGGCAGUGUGUGUGCCAUGGACAAGCCCCCCUGCAGCCCCCAGCCCUCUCCUCCCUUGCAGCCAUCCCUGCUCUCGGUUCUGCUCUUGUCUGACUGGAAGGGCCUGAUCCAGCCCCUGCAUCCCUGGUGCUGCCAGGCUCUGGCUUCCCUCCAAGGAUCCUCGGCUCUGCCCCCCGGGCUGCCCCACGCCCCAGUGCUCAUUUGGCUGUGGCUCCUCUCUGCUGCAGUUGCUGCCAUUGGCUUUUAUCCUCCUGCCACCAUGAGGGCAGUGAUAUCCUCAUUGUAUCCUGGCUCUGCUCGAGGGAAGGGCUGGGAUGGGGAAGGGUCCAGCCAAACCUGCUCCUGGCCCAUACAGCUAUCAUAAGAAAUAAAACUUCCCUGGGAGCACCCAAAUGAUGCUCGGGGCAUUUUAGUACACAAAGCAAUUUGAAAACAACUUUAUUUUUCCCCAUCUUGUAGUCAUGGGAAUUAGAGGAAUAUAAUAUAUAUAUAUAUAUAUUUUUUUUUUUUUUUUUAAAGAAAAGCCUUUUUAUUUUCAAUCCCUCCAGACUAAACCACGCAGGAGAUGCUCACUGUGGCCUGAGGUGAUGCUCCAGCCCUGCUGGCUCCCAGACCGGGCUGGGUUUCUCUCCCAUCGCUGCCCAUGUAACACAACUAUUCCUUCCUGCUGCUGGCAAACAGCAGCUGGAACCCACUCUCUGGAGAGCAGAUGCCUGAGAUCCUCCAGCCAGCAAAUGCUGCUCUGUUGGGCAUCAGCAGGGUACAGGGGCAAGGCUUGACCUCUGUGUUGCUGCACAUCCCUGAUGCUCAGCCCAGCACUGCUGGCCCCUCCAGCACAUUGCCUGCUCCCCUGAGCACUACCCAGGGCAGUCAGAUGGUGAAUAUUUGGUUCUGCAGCUGAAGCACUCAUGUGAAGAGCAGCUGUGGAGGGCAUGGCACUGCUGCACGUAGGAGUUGGGGACUGUCCUGCACAUCUGUCCCCGCCAGCACCUUCCCUGGCCCUGCGCCUGAGCUGCUCAUCUCUCACCUGCCCCAGUGCCUCCUUUGCCUCUGCACUGCUCCUGGGUCUCUCUUUGCAAGUUUACAGAUUAAAGCUGAAUAUUUUUGAA